UGGGGACAUGGACUGUUCGUACGAUGUACGAAACUACAAAGGCUGCUCAGGUAGCCGCAGAAAUGAGAAAAUAUAGAAUAGAAGUGUUGGGAAUCUGCGAGAGUAGAUGGAACGGAUGUGGACGGUACCUAUUAUCAACUGGUUUCCAAAUUACUUCAAAUCAGUUCCUCUAUACGGAUCAGAAACUUGGCGGGCGGGUCACAAAGAAUAUUUCCAACAGCCUGUUGCAGACCGGACCUUUAUCAACAACUGUCUUCGCUGGAUUUAUACUGAAGAUCAGAUGGCCGGGUCGGAAAGAAUCACCAACAAGAAACUAUGGGAACAAACAAAACAAGAACAAACCAAUCGCCAUUGAACAUAUAUGCAGGAGAAAGUGGUUUGAGAUGGAUUGGACACUCGCUGAGGAGGCCACUGGGUGACAUCGCGCACGUGUCAGGCCAUUGCU